AUGUGCUUCACCUCACGAGAAUAUACCGUAGCAUUUCCUAGUGCCGGUGUGCCUGCCCCUAAUACUUUUCGCAUCCACCCAUACGUGAAGCAGUACCAUACCAAGGCCACCAACACAUCAUGCUGUGUGUGUGCGUCCCUUCGUGUGGCGUUGUACAACAACAACCUCACAGGGCCGCUGCCAGCAUCGCUCACCAAUCUCGACAGGCUCAGCAUACUGCAGAUGGACUUCAACCGGAUCACGAGCCCUAUUCCGGAGCUCGCCCCAACCAUGGAACACCUGAACCUGCAGUACAACCGCCUCACAGGCACCAUGCCCGACUGGCUCUCCAAAUUGAAAGGCCUUCAGCCUAUUCUCCUGCGCCUGGAGCUGCAGAUUCUCAUUCGUCUGGAGAGCUGCAUGACACCUCCAAUCGAAACCUUAACUCACUCUUCUCUCUCUUCUUCUGCUCCCAUUGUUGUGUCUCUCCUUCGUCCACGCCCUGUCACCUCCCUGUUCCCGUGCUCUCUUCUCCUGUGCCCCUGCAGCACGCUGCAAGGCAACCAGCUGAGCGGCACCAUACCAGCCACCCUUGGAGGGCUUGAUGCACUCAAAGACUUCCAGGUCCCGGAGAACCUGGCAUGCCCGGACAACAGCACGUGGUGUGUGGUGCCGCAGACCAACACCACAGCCUUCUGCAGCCACUGCAGCGGCUUCUGUGCCACUUGCUCCCUGGAAGCUCCUCCCUCGCCGCCGGUGGACCGUUGCGCAGGCGUUGUGUGCUCGGGAAAUUUCAUGGUGUGCAACGCUGACACGGGCACUUGCUCUCGCGAGCUCCCCGCGUGGCUCGUGGCCAUCAUCAUCAUCCUCAGUGCACUACUUGCAUUUGCUCUGCUCUGCCUCGCUGCUGUGUGGCUCUACAAGAGAUGCUUCAGCAGCAGCAGCGACAGCAGCAGCGGUUACCACAGCAUGUACCCAACGCAGCGGUGGUCAUUCGGCAAGUCGUCACGAGUCGGGGCAGGCGCAUGGGCGGACUCAGCAGGAUUGUGUAGAGAGUACCCGCUGAAGCUGAUGUCGUCAAAGCACCACCCGCACCUGGUGCGCCUUCUGGGCUUCGCUAUGGGCGGCAAUGUGCGGUCGCAGAUAGAGCAGGUGCUCAUCUACGAGCUCAUGCCCCAUGGGGACCUGCACAAGUGGAUGGGCCGAGAUGCUGUGGCCCCUCUGACCCUGCAGCAGCGGCUGGACAUUCUCAUCGGAGCAGCGCGCGGGUUGGCGUAUCUGCACAGCUUUGGCAUCGUGCAUCGCGACAUCAAGCCCGCCAACAUCCUGCUCGACGCACACAUGCAGGCCAAGGUUUCGGACUUUGGGCUGGUGAAAUUGGGAGAGGGGGAACAGUCCGUGCAGUCAACGCGAGUCUUGGGAACUCCAGGCUACGUGGACCCUACAUAUGCAAGCACCAAAAAGGCAACCACCGCUGCUGACGUGUACAGCUUUGGCAUUCUGAUGCUUGCAGUCAUGAGUGGGCGAGAAGCAACAUUCAUGGAAGCCAAGGAGCAGCAACACAUUCUCUCCUGGGGUUACAGGCCUGACAUUUCUGUCGAGGGAGCAGAGGGCGUGGAGGCGAUGAUAGUAUGCGUGGGCAUCGUGGGCCAGGCGAACAACCCGCUGUACCUGCAGAGCUUUCUGGAGGCGGACGAUCCGCUCAAGUUCCACUUUAUAGUGCACUGCUCGCUCGACGUCAUCGAUGAGCGCGUGUCGACACCCCGCAGAGGAGGCGCCAACGAGCCAUAUCUAGGCUUGCUUUAUCCCACAGAAGACUUUAGAGUGUACGGCUAUGUGAGCAACACGCAGAUUAAGUUCAUAAUAGUUGUCGAUGGUCUUGAUCUGAGGGAGAGCGACAUAAGAAAUUUCUUCAAGCGGCUUCAUUCUGCAUAUGUUGAUGCCACCUCAAAUCCCUUCCACGUUCCUGGGAAGCGCAUCUCUUCACCUGCUUUUGCAGAAAGAGUUGGGGCGCUAGUGCAUUCAGUGUCUCCUCCUAAAGCAACUUAG